UGGUUCCACACUUCAAUUACUUACCAUUAUUAAAUUCUCUUCACCUCUGUCUGAUAACUCUCUUCUUCUCAUCAACAAAAACAAAACUUCAAUUUCUCUAUGAUUAUGAUAAUGAUGGGUUCAAACCCAAAACCCCUUGUGCACCUUUCUCUUCUUCUCCUGGUCCUCUUUUCUUCCUCAACCGAAUCCCUGAGAUUUGAAAUCCAAUCCGGGCACACCAAAUGCAUCUCCGAGGAUAUCAAGAGCAAUUCCAUGACCGUUGGCAAGUACCAAAUCGUUAGCCCCAACGAGGGUCAACCUCUGCCAGAUGCCCACAGAUUCACCGUCAGGGUGACUUCGUCUUAUGGGAACAACUAUCACUACGGUGAUCGCGUUCAGACGGGGCAGUUUGCGUUUGCUGCAGUGGAGGCUGGAGAUUACAUGACUUGCUUCUGGGCUGUGGAUCACAACCCUGUGGAAACGUUGACUGUGGAUUUUGAUUGGAAAACGGGUGUUGCGGCCAAGGAUUGGUCAAAUGUUGCUAAAAAAGGCCAAGUUGAUGUAAUGGAGCUAGAGCUAAAGAAGUUGCAGGAUACUGUUUCUUCCAUUCAUGAGGAGAUGUUUUAUCUUCGUGAAAAAGAAGAAGAAAUGCAAGAACUUAACAGAACAACCAGCAGCAGAAUGUUCUGGUUGAGUUUGCUUUCCCUCUUUGUCUGCUUAUCAGUAGCAGGGAUGCAAAUAUGGCACUUGAAGACCUUCUUCGAGAAAAAGAAACUCAUUUGAAAUUUUGUGAUAGUGAUUUUACAUUUUUCUUCAUCCGUGCGCUUGUAAAAUAUACCAGCAUUAAUUUAUCCUGAGGAUACACAUAACGGUAGUCAGUAUAAUCUCAGAAUACUUCCUUUGUUAAACGCAAAUCAGAGUUAUGGCAACACGAGUUUCAGACGAAAUGUUGACUUUCUUUAAUUUA